AUCCGAAGUGCAGUGGUGUUUUCGUCUUCUUGAUCUUCAUUACGGAAGCUUCACAAUAACGAUUAUUUAGCGCCACCUAUUAAACUUGAUUAUUCAAUCUGCAUAGUUUAUUUGCUGUGUAAAAAUUCAAGUGUGUCUGAGACAAUGGAAUCCCAGCAGAAAACCCAAAUUACAAGCCAAGAUUUUAUUCCCCACAUAUAUAAAUGAGCUCGCUUUCUCUCUCUGAGAAACUGGACUCCAUCGUUUUUGGUUGACGGAUUGAGAUCUAUAGCUUGGGCAGCUCAGCCCCUUUUUUAAGUUUUGAGCUCAACUUUGUCUUGGGGCUGAGAAAUGGUGGGAAUUUUCUCAAGAUUUUCUGCCAGGGGUAACCAUCGCCGCUCUCAAAGUGCUCUUGAUGAAAGGGGGAGAGUAUUGCCUUCUAGCACAGAUUCUACAACCACUGCUAUCUUGUCGACAGCUACGUCUUCUGCCCCCCAUGGGAUUGAACUAGCAGUCGAGUUUAAGCCCGUUGAACAUCCAAGUGAGCCUCUUGACAGUGACCAGCCCAUCCUGUGUCCACAACCCGAGCCUUCAAUUCUUAAUGAUGGAAGGAUCUGGAAGGAAAGAGCAUUGUCAGGCGUAUCCCGGAGGGGGGAGAUGCCGGUUUUGGAGGAUCGGAUGGCCAUGGAACCCGAGAUUCCAAGACCAAAACCCCAGCCUCCUGGACGGAUUAUGCCGUCAAUGAGUGCCCCGGAACACAACAUCCUCAAACUGCUGGAAGAGUGUAAUGCAUCUGGAAUAAGCUUCAACACCUGAUCAGUAUCAAGAUUUGGUGUAUUAUUUUUUGUAUUACCCAAACUUAUACUGUUAGAUCGGUAAAUGAAAGUGUGCUUGUGUAAGUGUCUUUAUUAGAGGAUAGUAUAGUUUUAGCUUAUGAGUUUGGUCAUUUCCCUAUGACUAAAUCUGUUGUGUGACUUCCACAGUAAUUUGAAAGAUACCAAAAGUGCUCCCUCUGUGCCUCAUUAAUUGACAUCAAUUUCACUUUUCGGCUGUUCUAAUUAA